AUGAAUGUACUCAGGUUGUGUACACUUCGAGGUACUAACAGCAUACUUCAAAUCAAAGAAGUUCUUUCUACUUGUUUCAUACACACCACGGCCAUCCGUUCAACGUUUUGGGAGAAAGAGAAGAAAUCCGGUUAUAAAAGUAAGGUUCCGCUGCCUUCCAGAAAGGCACUAAUUGUGGAAGGUUUUCGUGAACUAAAAAAAGAGAUACAACUAUGGAAAGAUGAAAUGAAAGAAAAAUUAGAAUGUGACCCAAUACUAGUUUAUCGUCCUGGUGAAACGGACGUGGUUUUCAAUUUUAAAAACGAAAGUGCUCUGGAUACGUGGGUUGUGACAACGGAUGCUGAUCACAGGGAGGGCAAAAGUUCAGCAAAACUGGAAUUGAGCUCAGCAGGCGCUGGUUUAUUUCAUGGCAAUGUAAAUUCUGAACAUAUAAAGGAUGGUAUUGUAAAGCGAAGUGGCUAUGCGAAUAUUCGAACAAAGCGAGUGCGGCGGUCUUUCAAGCGUGAGUCAACUUAUGACUGGACGCAAUAUAAUACUCUAGUAAUGAAAGUACGUGGUGAUGGACGUAGCUACCUUAUAAAUCUUCACACUGAAGGGUAUUUUGAUUUACAGUGGAAUGAUGUAUAUCACUACGUUCUUUUUACGCGUGGUGGCCCCCAUUGGCAACUGGUUAAGAUUCCCUUUUCGAAAUUCUUUCUAUCAUCAAAAGGCCGAAUACAAGAUAGGCAAGGACCAAUUCGUUUAGAUCGUGUAACCCAUUUUGGAUUUUCAGUGGGUGCAAAAAAUAAUAUGGAUGGUCCCUUCCAAUUAGAAAUAGAGUAUAUAGGGUUGGAAUUCGAUCCCAAUCACCGCGAAGAAUUCGCAUAUGAAAUGUACAAAACUGAUAAGUACAUUGUUGCGACCUAAACACAUUUUGGAAUCACAUUACACGUUGUUAUCAAGGCACAUUGAUCCUCCAAUGCAACUUGGUUGUUAUGUAAUUUAUUAAGCAAAUAAUCGACCUUACAUUAGUAUAUAUUUGUCAUACUAAACCAAUUAUGAAAGUGAUCUUAAUUCAUGAUUUUGUUAUAAAAUUGUGCAAUGUAAUAUUUACAUACUCUAAAAAUCAACCCUGAGUUAUUGUUUACACUUUCAGUUUUUGUAUUGCAUUAAAAUUCUUAUUGAUCGCCUUUUUCAAUUAGCUGUUUUAAUAUAACAUUUGCGAUAAAUAUUUGCAAACCACCGCAAACGUAUACCUUUUAGUUGCUCUGUGGUGAGUGUAUAUUUAAGUAGGUGUUUUUUAUUUUGUUAAAGUGAAGGCCACGUGGAACCUUUGCCGUUGCUGCACUCAACUUGGAUAAAAAAGACAACAUG